CCCACGUUGCCCUCGUCUGCUUUGUCUGCCAUCAGAGCGUUCAGUUGCGAGUGCGGAUGCUUUCCGUUUCGGCUGAGAUUUGUAAUUUACUACAUUGAUGAGCAGCGACAGGGCACGUUGUGUAUGGAAUGACAACCUCACAGAGAUACGCUGAAUCCAAACCACCUGGUAGGCUUGACACUUGCUCUUCAACUGCACGACACUCCUUUCACGUUCCCAUUCCGCAUGUUGUUGAUGUUCACUUCUAUUGCCAAUGUCCCGUUGGCAAAUGCACAUUAGCCCGGUUUGCUGACAUGGAAUGGCCGGUGACGCAACCCGUGUCGGAGAAGUUUCUGAGUCAUUUUGGCUGCCGGCCUGGAACGUCAACCAGUGGGGACACUGGUCUUUGCACCUCAGCACUGGACAGCACAGAAGAUUUCUGCAGUUCUAGGAGCAGCUCCGCUUUCCAGCCCAUUCGCAGUCAGAUACCUAUACCAACAGCACAUGUCAUGCCAUCCACGGCCGGAGCCUUGGCCUCAAAGCCCCAGGCAAAUGUCCAGGAGGACUCUUUGUCUUCUGUGGAGGCUAACAGGUCUUCCUCGAUGUCUAGAACCUCAAGUAGCUCCACCUCCAAAUCAUCGUCUCUCUCCAAGUCAGCAUCAUCUCCCAACCUGGAUGCUCAGACCGCAAUGGGAAGCGAUCCUGCUGGGCCAAAGCCAGACUGCUUGAGCCGGUAUCGAAGCCUCGUCAAUGGGCUGGAUCACUCGCUUUUCCCUAUGGACCAGGGCCAGAGGUUUGACACUCCCGCAGUGGAACCUACCCUAAAUCAGUCAGUCCUUUUGGGGAGCUUAAACCCUGAUGUCAGACUCCGAUUACAGACUACAGGGAUUAGAGACAACCCAGACUGUGUGUCGGAGGCUUACAGAGGAAGUAUGGAUCACAGCUAUAAAGUUCUCCCUGAGGCCAGACCUGGCGUUCCCAACCCCGGCGAUCCGUCCAGUCCGAGGGCCAUUCAGCCUGGUGGGGCUGGACCUGCUGGUGUUUAUGCAAGCCCACUGAGCCUGCAGACGCAGGCUCUCUUGAGGGACCAUGCGGGCACCAAAGCUUACGACCCGUUACGCCAGGACAGAUGUGGUGAACUAUCAAGCUGGCAGCAACAACAUCAUAAGCAGCAGAUGGAAAGUUUACGUCUGCGCAUGGAACAAAUGCAGAUGAGUGCUGGAGUGGGGCCCUACCCGUCUUUGUAUCCAGCAGCCAUGCACACAGAAUCUGGCAAGUUGGACGCUCUGGUAAAAGCCAGUGAAGGUCUGCUAAAGGAGAAGGAGCUUAUAAUAGAGCGACAAAAGCAGCAUAUGACUCAGUUGGAACAGCGUUUGAGGGAAAGCGAGCUGCAAGUCCAUGGAGCCUUCCUGGGCCGAGGUGCUCCCUUUGGGGAUAUGUGUUUACUACGGUUGCAGGAAGCGCAGCGGGAAAACGCGUUCCUGAGGGCACAGUUUGCAGAGCGAACAGACUGCGCCGCUCUGGAAAAGGCGGAGGCCGAGCGUAGGCUGGGUGCAGUGGAGGCUGAGACGCGGCGGCUGACUGACAGCCUGAAAGAGACGUGUGAGAGGCACACAGAAGAGAUGAAGAAACAGGAAGAGAGGAUUCGGAGUAGAGACAAGCAUAUCAACAACUUGAAGAAAAAGUGUCAGAAGGAGACAGAGCUCAAGCGAGAGAACCAGCAGCGUAUUGAAACUCUAGAGCGCUACUUGGCCGAUCUGCCCACAAUGGAGGACUACCAGAGCCAGAACAAGGAGCUUCAGGAUGCCGAGCAACAAACAGCUCAGCUACAAGAGAAAGUAAAAGAACUGGAGGCCUCUUUAGAAGCAACACGCUCACAACUACGAGAGAAGGAUGCCCAGCUGGAGGAGCAGAAGCGAAGGGAGAGAGACCUGCUGACCACUAUUACCGAUAUGCAACAGCGGGUGCAACAGGGCCUUGAAGAUGGAGCCCGACUUCCCUCUCUGGAUAUGGAGAAACUCAGAGGAGAGAACAACACUUUAAGAGAGGAGCAGCAACGACUCAAAAAGGUUAUUGAGAAGCAGCACAUGAUGAUGGAGCAGCUCAGCUCUCAGAUCCAGGCUUUGGAGGUGCAGAUGUCCCAGGAAGAGAACACUUCCCAGGCUCUGAGAGAGGAUGUGUUGGCCAAAGAGCAGAACAUGUCAGAGCUCCACAUAGCCAUGAAAGAGCUCUCUGCCCAAAACCAGGAACUUAUGGAGCAGAACCUGACCCUGCAGGAGCAGAUAGGCAAUUCAGAACAGAAGAAUGCCAACCAGGCCUCCUCCACCCUGCAGCCAGCUGGUGCUCGCCUGACACAGAGGCUCCAUGAGGAGAUUGCUACCUGCCUCAGUGACCUGCGCUCCCUGUGCAGCAUUUUGACCCAAAGGGCUCAGGGACAAGACCCCAACCUCUCACUGCUGCUUGGCCUCACAUCACCCAUACCGGUGUCCGAGCAGGACGAGGACUGGAUGAAUCCAGAGGUGCUACACAAGAAGCUGCUUGAAGCGCAGCAGCUGCGUGGUGACGUGGAAGAGUUACGGAACGUAAUAUUGGACCGCUACGCCCAAGACAUGGGUGACACCUGCAUCACCCAAUAACUUGGUUCCAUUGCGCCUCAGGAGCAUCUCAAACGUAAAUCAGGAUGUGAAGCCUCGUUAGUGAAUGUCACGAGGAGAACGACUGGCUUUUCAUAUCCUUGCAAUGAGGACAAAAGAAAGCCCUGAUGAUUUGAUGUGUGUGUCUUCCUACAUGACAGUCCAAGGGCUAACACAAAAUAACUUACCUCUAAUACUUGAUCCUUGAAUAUUGUCUUUUUAUUUUUUUUUAUGUGAUAGACGAUCAUUUACCAAACAUGUCUUAAACUUGUGUAUGAAAGUCCCUGAACUCCUUAAUUUAUUCAACUAUAGAUUUCCCUCUUUUGGGGGGAAUGAUUGACAAAGCGGUUGACAAUCAACUGAACAUAUUGUUAUACGUGUUGUCCUAGCGAUGUUAGCACCGUGCCAUGAUUUAGAAUGGUGAAGCGUGGAACAUCUGCAACGCUGUGAGGAGGUAGAAGACUCAGAAGCAAACCAGCACUCUUGACACCAUCAGGCCUUCAAACCUACCAAAGAAAGCUGGUCCUGAUAAGUCCAAAUGUUGGUGGCUGCUCCCUUCAAUUCCCACCCGGACCUUUGCUGUAGACCUGCUUGUCCCUAAACACCACUAGGUGCCUUCCAUUCUUGUUGACUCAUUUUAGACCAAUCAAAGGCUAGCUCUUCCAGUAUGACAUUUAGUCCAGUCCAUACAUUCCUUGACUCUGAAUGUAGCAUGUAGCGUGUUAGAUGCUAGUAUGGCGUUCAUUAAGAUGUGUUAGCUCCAUGUUGAUAUUUAAGGCUGACUCACUGUUGACGUAUGACUGAGAAACAGUAUUGACGUGCAGUAUUCAUGUGGCCCUCAUAACAACAUUAAUAAUGUGCAAAAGGUUCCCUGAAGUGUUUGUUUUGUUAGUUCAACUGGAUCAUCGUAUGUUUUAUCUGAAUCUCAUGUGAGCAAGAUGUAUGGGAUAGCUGGAUCACUCCAUAGACAACUGACAGUUUUCCUGAAUAAAAUGAAACAGUAAGCCAUUUUAAUAACACUUGAUGAGGAAACAAAAAGGGAUUCUUUUUCUUACACAAUUAUGCAACAAAUGACCAGGAUACAAGCCAUUUCAUGGGACCUUUUUGACCUGAACUAGCACAAAAUGAAGCUUUGGAAAGUCAGGCUCUGCAUGCCUUAACAUUUCAAAUGAUUUUCAAAAGGGAGAAAAUGUUUAUCUUCAUACUUUGUAUUUCCAUAUUUUAGUAAUAAAGCUUGAGUUUUUUUUAAGUGUGCUUUACUUUGUGUUUUAACUCUCAAAAUAUCUUAAGUAUGUACAGUACAGGCCAAACAUUUGGACACACAACACAGCUGAUGGUCCCAACCCCAUUAAAAAGCCAUAAUUCCACGUGUUUGUUCAUAGUUUUGAUGCCUUCAGCGAGAAUCUACAAUGUAAAUAGUCAUAAAAAUAAAGAAAACGCGGUCUGUCCAAACGUUUGUACUGUAUCUUUUCAGCUGUUUUGUCAGGUCCAUGUUGCUGCCG